AUGGGCGAUGCUAUGAUUGCCUCGUUCCAGUUGAGGACCAUCUCUUCUGAGUUGCCAUGGGGCGAGACUCACAAAUUGAAGGCGAGCCAGUAUUUCGUUCCCCAGGUUGAGGGUCCUCUGAAGCUGCCGGAGGUCCUGUGUAUCGCCGUAAAGCAUGAUUCCGUCCCAGAUUCAUCCAAGGGAAUCACCUUUGGUUCACAUCAGAACUGUGGCGUUGUGCUGCCCAAGCAUGACUCCAUCAGUAAAUUUCAUUUUAGCCUCACCUUCGACGAUCAGGAUCGACUCAUCAUCAGAGAUCAUUCAAUAAAUGGGACAGAGGUGAAGUAUGGUGAGCAGGGCGCCGGUCUGCGUAGUAAGAGACAAUGGAUUCUUAAUGAUCCAAAGUUGCCUUCGGAGUUCCGCCCCGGCGUCAUCUCUUUUGAUGUCUCUGUCCGCUUGAUGAUGUCAGCUGAGGAAUUGUACAAGAAAGUUGUUGAUCGAUUUCGCUCUUCCUGUGAAGAGAAGGAGGGUGUCGCCGACUACAUGCUGAGGAUGGGUGUGAAUCCCACCGUCGUUGAACGCGACCCGGACGACGCUGAUAUCUGGCUCCAUUGGGAAGUGGCAGAGGGGACUUCGGCCAGCAUCACACGUUGCUGGAACACGGAAAAUGGUUUGGAGAAGGUGGUCAAGACACGCCACAAUGAUUGCGACCAAAGAAGGUGGUCUCAACAAGUCAACUUUAUGAGAACUCUCCAACAUCACCACCACGUGAUCAAUAUCCAACGUUUUUCGAACACGAGCGAGGGUUCUCCGACACAGAUCGAGAUGGACUACCUGAGCAGGGGAUCUUUGGACGAUCCGAAAGACCCUUCCCCGGUUUCGAAAAAUCCUUCCCAGUUUUCGCAACAGGAGGCAAGAUCCAUUCUUGCCCAGUGCCUCUCAGUCUUGGUGGAAAUGCACACGCAAACUCCACCAAUCUGCCACCAGGAUAUCAAGCCAAGCAAUAUCCUGAUUGAACACCGAACUUCAUCCAGCAUCUGCGUCAAGCUUGCAGGCUUCAGCGAGUCAAACACAGAGGGUGAGAGAGACAUGCGCGGACGUGAUGCUCUCUACGCUUGUCCGAACCACUGGGCCGGGAUAUGUGACCCGUCUCUGGACAUUUGGUUACUCGGCCAUACCAUCCUAGCAUUGCUUGACAAGGAUCUCCAAAACUUGUAUUGCACUAAUAAGACGAAAUUCUGGGAUGUGGCUUUUCGGUCAGAGGACAGCCUUGUAGAGUUCCUGCUGUCCCGCAUGAUCCAUCAGACAGCUGGUCUGAGAUCAACGGCAACAGAAUGCUUGGAGCGCCUUCAGGAACUCCAACUCGAAGAACGUCAUGGUCCAAUCGUGCUGUGCGGGUGCUCCGAUGAAAUUGAUCUCACCCACAAGGUUCGAGUUAGGCGAUGA